AGACUGAUUUCUGAGUGGAUGAAUUGAUUGAAUAAAAAGGAGACGUGCAGAGGUGAAGCAGGACAGUGAAAACUCCUGAGUACCUGCCUCCAUGGCAGACAAGCUGCUAAAUGUUUGAUGGUUAUUUAUAUCUGAUUUAAAACAUUACCAAAAUAAAACCACAGUGUCAGCAAAUUGUUUUAUUUCUCUCAUUCCCUCACUUUGUUCUCUAAUCACCACUCAAUCUCUCAUUUACUCUCGAGCUGUCUCUCUUGUUUGCUUCAUUAAAUUCAUUUUUAACAUAACAAACAUCAAGAAACGUCCAUCCCUCAUCCUAAAAUCGGCACUAGUUGCACCCAGUACACAAGUUAAAGCAGCUGCUGCGUUGGUGUUUAAUCAGUCUGCAGUCAUCUCAGCCCCCAUACUGUAGUUCCUGAACUAUCAGAAAGUACUGCCCCCAGAGCACCUGAAACUAUCUGACAGGAACUAAAUUAAGUUCCUGGUUGCUCCGGUCCAAGCGCAGGUUUUAGUUCCAGAGUUCCUCAAAAAAUUCUUGUUGAAAAUUCUAAGUUGAAGGUAUUGAGAUGUGUAAUUUAUCAAGGGUCAACAGUAGAGUAAAGAGGGAUUUUCUUGAAUUCUUUGCUUUAGAAAAUAAUGUCACUGUGUUGCUGGGACACUUUUAAACACAGCUGAGAUCGCAUGUCACUUUCAUCCUUUGAGUCUUUUUUGAUGAAGCUGUUGUCAACUCAGGAGGAUAGCAGCCCCAUUUUCCAAUUACUUUUGCUGUAAAAUGUUUUAUAUAUAAUUGGUUUUAUACAUGUAUGGCAUAUAAAAUAUGGAAAAAGAACUGUGGUUUGUUUUACUUUGGGAAUCUAAAUGACAAGAGCCCUUUUGAGGAUUUGCUUGCCAGUUAAAAACAAGAAAUCCCUCUGUAUUUCAUAUUUAUUUUCCUGUCAUUAUACUCAAAAGUGUUUUGAGUAUUUGGCAUUCUAUAGCCCUCUUGCUAGAGAUUGAUGCCUCAGAGCUAAAUCAUUGACAUUUACAUGGGAUGGGGACCCUCAAUGAUUUAGAUCUGCCAAAUACAUUAAUGGAAUUCAGGCCUCUCUGGACUGUAAUGUCGAUUUGGGAUUAGACUGGAGUUAUUGCAGGCUCUUCUGUCAGUGUUUCCAUUGUUGAAAGUUGAAGUGUAAUCUCACUGAGCUGAAAUUAGACAAAUCAUUUUAAAUCACUCUUUGUUGUUGUUGUUUUCUUCUCUCCUGUCAAACACUUUGUCUCGUCAGGGGCAUCACUGGGAUCUAUCAGUCGCCUAAUACGUAGCUUGUUUAUUGUGAAUGAAUGAAUGAAUGAAUUGAUACGAAACAACAGCUGUUAAGGUUAAACACAUCAUAGUUUAUUCUGACACGCAUCUGACAUGGAGGUUCAGACACUAGCGACGGUUGGGGCAUUUCAAUUAUAUGUAAAGUAGCUACGUAAAUAAUGCAAAUUUUGAGCAGCACAUGACAACAUCCAUGCAGCUGAGGUUGCUACGGCAACACGUGCACUGCUGUAGGAGGAAAUCAUCUUUCGGAGCUGGGAUGGAGAUGUUUUGAAGGCCAACACACAGAGCAACGAGACAGAACUUCUGCUGAAAAACACGACUUUUGUAAGUGCUAGCUUUUGUUUCUUUUGGAUUGAGAUAAUUUCACUCAUUUCUAUUGGGGCUCACAAAGCUGUAUAAAGCAGAAAUCAACAUGCUAGUAUCAACAAAAUGACACCAGGUUUAAAAUAGUUUAAGAUAUUGUAUUGUAUUUUUAUUAUAGGUAAAAUAAUGUAUGUAUUGCAAUAAGGUUUGGUAGAUAAGAUGACCUAAGAUUGAAUUUUCUGCUUCUUUUUUUGCUGUCUGUUUGUUACUAUGGCAACUCUUUUUGCCAUCGGCAGGUAUUUUGACCCUGCCAAGGUUGACUCAAGUUUCACUGGAACUUUUUACAUGGAUCAGUUUGCGAAAAUGCUUUUGGGGUUUUCAUAUUGACAAAGACUGUUAGACAAAUGUAUCUCCGAAACACUCUAAGCUUUAGAGAGUUUAAUGAAAACAUAUUUCUUGUUCCUCCCACAGGCAACUUUUAAGGCUUCGAAAUUUGCAGUUUCUCCAGAUCUGAACUUUGUUCUUCUGGGAUAUGAUGUCAAGCAGGUGUACCAGCACUCUUUCUUGGCAUCAUACCUGAUCUACAACUUGUAUACAAGAGAGGUACGAGAGUUGAAUCCUCCAGAGGUGUCGGAUUCAGUCCUCCAGUUUGCCUCAUGGGGCGUUCAUGGUCAGCAGUUGAUAUACAUAUUUGAAAACAACAUUUACUACCAAACGGAUGUUCAGAGCAGCUCGUGGAGGCUCACGUCUUCUGGACAGGAGGGGAUUAUCUUUAACGGCAUCGGAGACUGGCUGUAUGAGGAGGAGGUGUUGCACACUCAAGUGGCUCACUGGUGGUCACCAGACAGCUCCAGACUGGCCUACCUCACCAUCAACGACUCCCUGGUCCCUAACAUGCUCCUGCCUCGCUUCACAGGCUCUCUCUACCCCAGGGGGAAGGAGUACCCUUACCCAAAGAUGGGUCAAAUCAAUCCCACCGUCAGACUUUAUGUCGUCAAUCUAGAUGGAAGCUCCCAAACAACUGAGCUGAGACCUCCUGAUAGUUUUGAAAAGAGUGAGUACUACAUCACUAUGGUCAAAUGGGUGACUCAGGAGAAGCUGACUGUGCGUUGGGUGAAUCGAGCUCAAAACAUGUCAAUCCUUUCGCUGUGUGAUGUCACAACAGAGGGCUGCACAAAGAAACACGUGAUGACAUCAGAGAAGUGGCUUGAUCGUCAGAAUGAGGAACCAGUAUUUUCCAAGGACUGCACAAUAUUCUUCAUCACUAUGCCUUUAAAACAAGGUGGUCGCGGAUCAUUCAACCACAUCACCAUGAUCUCCAACCAAUCCGAAGGUCAAGAGGUCAACCUCCGUCACCUGACCUCAGGAAGCUGGGAGGUCUCUCAGAUUCUAGCCUAUGAUGAGAGCACAAACUCAGUUUAUUUCCUAAGCACAGAGGAUGGCGCAACACAACGGCAACUGUACAGGGUCUCAACAGUGGAUCCAUUUCAUAAAGAAUGUCUCACCUGCUCGCUCUUCAAAUCACAGUGCACGUACUAUGACGCCACGCUCAGCCCAAACUAUCAACAUGUUCUUCUCAACUGCAGAGGUCCUGGAAUACCCAAAACUACUCUUCACCAAUUAAAUGAUUUAUAUGACCACAAGACUCUGGAAAGGAACACAGUAUUAAGACAUGCUCUGAUUAACAGGAAAAUACCCAAGUGGGAAAAAAGAACUAUGCAAAUCAACAACUUUGAACUUCAUCUGGAAUUAAUCUUCCCAAUAGAUUUUGAUGAGACAAUGGAGCACCCACUGUUACUGAUCCUUGACAGCGCCCCCGGUGGUCAGGCUGUGAGUGACCGCUUUGAGCUCAGCUGGGACUCUGUACUGGUCAGUUCUGACAGAGUCAUCGUGGCUCGUCUGGACGGCCGGGGCAGCGGCUUCCAGGGCCAGGGGAUCCUGCAGGAGGUUCACCAGAGACUGGGGACUGUUGAUGUUAAGGACCAGAUCACAGUUCUGGAGCACCUGAUCAGGCUACCCUAUAUUAAUGGCAACAAAGUUGGAGUUUAUGGAAAGGCAUAUGGAGGCUUCCUUGCCUCGCUCCUACUCCUCUCCCACAGCUCUGUUUUCAGGUGUGGCAUCGCUGUAGCUCCUAUAACAAACUGGAGACUCUAUGGGUCUGCCUUCACUGAGAAAUACUUUGGCUCUCCAGCGAAAGAGGAUCACAAAUACCAAGUAGGGCUGGAUAUUUCCAGUCUGCUCAGUAACAUCACAGGAGCAAGUCCGCUGAAAUUUCUUAUUAUCCACGGCACAGCAGAUGCCACUGUUCACUUCCAGCAUUCUGCUGAGUUGGUCAAACUGCUGUCCACAUCAAACGUUAACUACACUCUCCAGAUUUUCCCAGAUGAAGGGCACUACAUUGCCUCUGUGAAGAGUCAACACUACAUGCUAAGCUCAGUGAUCACCUUCUUCAAGCACUGCUUCGAGGAGGAGAAGGUCGCUGUCCCGCAGACAUCUGAAGAAGACGACUAGCCUGCAGAACUUCCUGCCGUGAGACCGUUUUUAUACAGAGUAAAGAGUGUAGCAACUGCUCUCAUGAGCCAACAAAGAGAGGCUGUGUUUCCCUCAAAGGCUCCUAUCUGUUAAAGCACUCCAAGAGCAUUAGUGAAAACCUACAGACCAACAGUAUGUAAGAUAAGUAGCGCUACAUCUGCUUGGAAUUGCAAGUCAGCACAGUGACUCAAGAUGGUGAUGAUUAAGAUGUUGAAAUGAAAAGAUGGUAGUAUUGUUGCUGUAAUCUAAUGCUUCAGAUUAUAAUUAUUGUUUGUAAUGUUUGUAUCAUGAACAGAGUACAACUGUCAGGGAAUCAAAGAGACUUGUAUUUUUCCAUUUUAGAGUAUAAUUUUUUUGCUGGCGGUUGUAAUCUACUGUGAAUAUUUAUAUUUACCGCAAGCAAAACAAAUUCACCUAAUACCAGACUUUGGGAGAUCAUAUCACAAAAUAUUUUUUGCACGUGCCUUUACCUCAUUACAGAUCUUAUUAUAUUCUAAAUGAAGAGCCAACACAGUGUCCAUAGCAUUACCAAAAUGCCAAAAUAGAUGAUGAAGAACGUUGUCAGUGCUGAGUGCAUGUGCAUCUUCUGUUGUGGUUGAGUGAGUCCUCAUCUUAUACAGAUGUAAAAAAUAUAUAUAUAUAUAUAUGGUGAUCAAAAUCACAUUCAGGUAAGGAAAUCUAUUAAUGUGAACCUUUGAUGUAAAAAAAAAAUUACAGUGGGUCUUUAGGGGUAUUUAUGUGGAACAUUUUUCUUUUCUUGUUUUGUGUUUGUUGUGAUUAGGGACUCUUUUGUGAGCUCUAAAUAAUUGCAAUUACCCUAUUUGGGGCACAGAUACACACUGUAUGCUGGAUUGAAUAACAUUUUUAUUAUGACAGAACAUUACACUCAUGAGUCAUCAGAGAAGUUGUUGCAUUAUUGUUUCAGAGCAAUAUAACAAUACCUUUUUAAAUCUUUGAAUACUGAAUAAUGUAUUUCGUGAUUAGGUGAAUGCAUUUUUUUUCACAGAUUUGUUCUUCUAAAUGUUUAUGACCAAACAGAUUCUUAACUGUUCUAUGUAGCGUUGUAACAUGAAGACAUGAAGACACAAACUUUGUAAUAAUAACAGUCUAUGCUGCACAGUGUGCUUUGUUCAUAACCAGACUCCUAUAAUAGCUACUGUUUAAUCACUAAAUCCUUUCUUCAAUAAGAUGUACAGUAACAACCGUAAAAUUCUGCUUACACUUCUGCACCGGCUUGAUUCUGUCAAACUGCAACUGAUUCAGUCACACAUAUAUAUAUACUAUACAUUACAGUUAAUAUCCUCAGUAGAUGACAUUUGUAUAUUUAUUAAAAAUUUGUAUGCUGAAAUAAAUUAUUAAGCUAGACAGCCUUA